UAUUUCAAACCAUUGAUUUCACGCCUAUAGCCCUAUGAUAGCGCUCAAACCAAAUAUCACCGAAUUAGGCGAGUCACAGAAUUAGAUGAGUUCACCCUACAUAUAUUUAGUUAAGGUAGGUAAAUUGAUUGAUCAAAUGAUUACCUAUAGGUAUCUACUUAUCUUUUCACCGAAGUAAUUCUACCUACUGAAAAUUUCCAACGCGUUUAGGAAAUAUUGUACCUAUCUUUUCGAUAUGAGUUUAGCAGCUAAAGUCCUGGGGAUGUGUUAACAAAUAAGCAGCAUUAAUGGGAUUGUGAUUGAUAAAACCUUUUUCAGAGUUCAUUACCUUACUUUAUUACCUACCAUUUCUUCCUUGGUCAUUCCGGUAGUAGGAAUAAAGGUUAAUUAGCGGCGUAAAUGCUUACUUACCUCCUAUCUUUUCCAAGUCCACAAAUACAUAAUAUUGAAUUAUUUACAUUCGUCGUAGUGAGACGGCACUUUCUUCGGCGCCAGUCCGCUGUCCCGAGCUUAUAUAGGAUGCUGCGCUUGCUCUCAUCUUACUUUCAUUGCACCCGCGCGGCCAGCCAGUGAAGUGACAAAUGGUUUGAUACAGUGCCGGCUUUUCUAAGAUGCAGUGGCUAGCGACGAGUCUCGUGCUCGCUGCGUUUGUAUACGGUGGCGGUGGAGUUACUAAGUCUGGAAUAGAACAGUUUUGGACGGACGACUACAAGAUAUUCGAACAAGUUUACGGUAAGACUUCAGACAAAGACAUUUACGGGGAAUCAUUACCACCGAGCAUCAUUAUCGGCACUGACCGAAAGAAAGAAGCGUCACAGAAGAAUGAACGAUACCUUCUGAACCUUGACGAAGAUUCUGAUGAACUAGAUUCCUUCAGCUUCGGAGAUAGGUACAACAAUUUGUUAAGCAAACAGACUUUGAAACUCUAUAACAAGAAGAAACCAGCUACAUCAUCAAUCAACUUCGUAAGUUACUCAGAUUUUAAGCCUAUAAGCCAGAGCAAUGACCCAGAGACCUACAACUAUUUAAAACAUCUAGAAGAGCUAAAUAACGAAGAAAAAUACGCCUUUCCUGAAACUGUAGGGGGAUUCAAGCCUUAUCUCAGCUACCUAGGACAUAAGCCUGAAGAAACAGAUGCUUAUAAAAGUAUCCAGGAUAUUUUAGAUGCCCAUGAAGCUAAUAAGGCUAGCAGUUAUAAGGAUGAAGAAGAUAGUAAUAUGAAGUAUCUUACUUAUGGGAAAAAUAAAAGGAAGAAACCGCCCAGGGUUUACAAUGAUGUGUCUAAGCCUAGGUGCACUUCUGGCAGGUGUAGGAAGAGAGGGGCAGGGUAUUAUCGAUCUAGAAGUAGGCCUCAUGUUAGGGGCUUGAAAACAGUAUUGCUCGUUUAA